GGAGUCACGCCAUUGGUGCGUGAGUGAUGGGGGAAGUGCUGCGUCUCUAAAGUUAGCCACCUUCUCUCUGUACGAGUAUUGAGCCGAAGUCGAGAAAGAGGGAGGAAGAGUUGGGUUUAAGGAUUUAUGAGUGGCAUCCGGGGGGGAAAAAGUCGAGUUUAUUUCGGUGUUUUAAAGAGUCGUCCCGCUGAGUCAUGGAGUUUGGUGAGGAGUCGUCGCCAGCUCGGGCUUUCGAGAAGGACGCUUUCGAGCUCACUGUCGAAGAUGUGUACGAUAUCUCGUACGUAAUCGGAAGAGAUCUGUUAAAAAUCAGCAGCACUGGCGAAGAAGUGUCGGACCUACAGUUUAGGAUAGUCCGUGUGUUGGAAAUGUUUGAGACUUUGGUCAACAAGUACAACUUGUCUCUGGAGGAGCUGAAAAUGGAGCGGGACAACCUCAAGAGUGAGCUGGAUAGGAUCAUCAAGGAGGGCUCCUCCAGGCCUGGCGCGCAGACUUCGGGACCGAACCAGUUGGUGGUGGACCUGACAGACCCCAACAGACCCCGCUUCACUAUGCAGGAGCUGAAGGAGGUGCUGCAAGAGAGGAACCAGCUGAAGGCUCAGCUCAUGGUGGCCCAGGAGGAGCUUCAGCUGUACAAGAGUGGGAUUCUGCCACAAGGCGAACCAGCCAUGGUGGAGGUGUCUCCAUCUCCACCAUGGCUGGUGGAGACACCAGCAGUUACAGAGCACAGACCAGCCAUGAUAAACGACACGAAAGAAGAAAAGACGACCAUAGGCAAACUGUUUUCAUUCAGGCGAAAAUGAGAAGAAAAGCUUUCACGGGGAACUGACCAUGUAGGAGGCAAACGGGAUUUGUCGGCACAAUUUAACUUCUUUUGUACUUUCACAUUUUUCUUUAUUUUCUUUUUUAAGAAGAAGUAUUUGUCAGUUUUAAUAAGCAUUAUAUUUUGUACUAAUUUUUAACCUAAGAUGUUUUUAGAGUAGACAUCUUUAAUUCUGUAAAAAUAAGAUAUGGAAAGGAAACUGGAAAGUAUUAUUUAACAAGUGAUGAUCAUGUUGAAUGUUUUCAAAAAUCUAAUUAUUUAUAAACUUGAACAUCAGCUUUUUUUUUUCUUUUUUUUUUAAAUGAGCCACGAUAAGGUCUUUAUGUAGGCACAUUCCCAUCACUCAUCUCUCUGUUGUUAAUGAAGGUAAAAUACCCAAUCAAAAUCUAAAAAUAAAUUUGAUUGUACUUGUGUUUUGGGUCAAGUUGAAAAUUUAAAAAGCUUCUGUUUUAUCAUAUUUUAGCCAGAUGCCAAAAAUAUACGCUAUUACACAAAUUACAGCAUCAAUUUACAGCCUUUAAUCAGCAGAUAACACGACUUUGUUCUUACUGAAGUCCUCUUGUUGACUUCUGUAUUUAAAUGUGUUUUGUGUGAAGAAGGGAAGGCGGGACAAAAAGGUAACCCACUCUCAUAUUUUACUGAACUGCCUUUAGCUUUGAUGGCAGUUCAUCAUGCAUUGAUGGCAAAACCUGGUCAUUCAGUAUAUUUAGAUUAGUCACCAACCCCACAUCGUAACACUGCUCCCACAGGCUCGUACUGUAGGCUUGACGGCUACAUCACAUCAUCCCCUCUCUUCUUAUCCUAUGAUGCCCAUCACUCUGGAACGGAGUAAAUCUGCACUCCUCAGACCACAUGACCUUUUUUCAUUGCUGCAGGGUCCCAUCUUCUUGCUCCCUAACAAAUGAAGCCCUUUUCCCCAAUUAGCCUCACCGAUAAGUGGCUUUCUUAACGCUACACACUUGUUUAACCCAAUCCCAAGUUCUGGCUGCAUGUAUGGAAA